AGGAAGCGCCGGUCAUUGAGACGCGUUGGGGGCAGGCCUUCGAGCGCUGGAUUGUCAGUUGAUUAACUUCGGUACUCCGUUAAUGAAGCAAGAUGCCCAGGGAGAUUAUAACACUUCAGUUAGGACAGUGCGGCAAUCAGAUCGGCUUUGAGUUCUGGAAGCAGCUGUGCGCCGAACAUGGCAUCAGCCCGGAGGGAAUUGUGGAAGAGUUCGCCACGGAGGGCACGGACCGCAAAGACGUAUUUUUCUACCAGGCGGACGAUGAGCACUACAUCCCAAGGGCGGUUCUGCUCGAUCUGGAGCCCAGGGUAAUCCACUCCAUCCUGAACUCGCCGUACGCCAACCUGUACAACCCAGAGAACAUCUACCUGUCAGAACACGGAGGGGGCGCUGGGAACAACUGGGCCAGCGGCUUUUCCCAGGGUGAGAAAAUCCACGAGGACAUCUUCGACAUCAUCGACAGAGAGGCAGAUGGCAGCGACAGCUUGGAGGGCUUUGUACUCUGCCACUCCAUUGCAGGGGGGACAGGAUCAGGCCUGGGAUCUUACCUGCUGGAGAAACUGAAUGAUCGGUACCCCAAGAAGCUGGUGCAGACUUACUCGGUGUUCCCCAACCAGGACGAGAUGAGUGACGUGGUGGUGCAGCCCUACAACUCUCUGCUGACGCUGAAGAGGUUGACGCAGAAUGCUGACUGCGUGGUGGUGCUGGACAACACGGCCCUGAACCGCAUCGCCACGGACCGUCUGCACAUCCAGAACCCCUCCUUCUCUCAGAUCAACCAGCUGGUGUCCACUAUAAUGUCUGCCAGCACGACAACUUUGCGCUACCCCGGCUACAUGAACAACGACCUCAUUGGCCUGAUAGCUUCCCUCAUCCCCACCCCGCGCCUCCAUUUCCUGAUGACGGGCUACACCCCUCUCACCACCGACCAGUCGGUGGCCAGUGUGAGGAAGACCACGGUGCUGGACGUGAUGAGGCGGCUGCUGCAGCCCAAGAACGUCAUGGUGUCGACGGGCCGAGACCGGCAGACCAACCACUGCUACAUCGCCAUCCUCAACAUCAUCCAGGGCGAGGUGGAUCCCACGCAGGUGCAUAAGAGCCUGCAGAGAAUCCGAGAGAGGAAGCUGGCCAACUUUAUCCCUUGGGGACCUGCCAGCAUCCAAGUGGCCCUGUCAAGGAAGUCCCCUUACCUGCCCUCCGCCCAUCGUGUCAGCGGGCUGAUGAUGGCCAAUCACACGAGCAUUUCCUCUCUGUUUGAACGCACGUGCCGGCAGUACGACAAGCUACGCAAGCGCGAGGCUUUCCUGGAACAGUUCCGGAAGGAGGAUAUGUUCAAGGAAAACUUUGACGAGCUGGACAACUCUCGGGAAGUGGUCCAGCAGCUCAUAGAUGAGUACAGCGCCGCCACCCGGCCCGACUAUAUUUCCUGGGGGUCCCAGGAGCAGUGAUCACCCGCCAGGGCUAUAAGCCCAGACAUCUUCUAGGGUACCUCUGAAGAAGGUAGCUUUUUCCUCUGUUGACGUGACCUAGCAGGAUGCUAUAAGCCAUUAGUUCCCCUAUAGCAGGUAUUUCUCAUUAUAUAUAACAGCGUUUCAAGCCCGGGAAUUUUAUGUAAACGAUGUGCUAUCAUCCGGUGAACUUCUUACUAGCCGAUUGUGUAGCGUAGCACAGCAAUUUCCAAGUUUUGUGUCCUGAGCUGUGUCCUCCUCGUCAGCUGGUUUGACCUCACUUUGUUCAGAUUUCCCCCCUCCCCAUAACAUGACUGUACAUGUUUGCCAGCCUGAAAUACCUGAAUAUAAGGCGUGGCUGCCUGCAUUGUGCAACAGCUGGCAGAGUAUAUAAUACGAGAUGAAAUUAGAGUUAGAUGUCGCAGCAAAACAGCGAGCAAGUAAGGGUUAUAAACUCUUAUCUGUUUUUUGUUGCUGUGGUUUGGCUUUUCAGUAGCUCUCCUCCCGGACUCUUCCGGCUUCCUGAAUCUUCCAGCGAACAAAACAUUAUUUGUAGAUAAGAUGACUGCUUGCUACUUCAGCUUGGCAAUACUGCAAUCCGUUCGAUACCGUGGACUCCUUUGACAUCAAGUGCGUUUUUGCUUCCCACAACAUUGUAGCAUGCUAUCCAAGUAGUUGAUGAUGUCACUGUAGUGCAUGAUGCACCCUCGGCAUCCUGGGAACUCCUCAAGGGUUUGGGCAAGAGAGCAGCUGGUAGUUGGAAACUUUGCUGUUUACCAUCAGGUAACACCAGUACUUUGGCUUUUAUUGCUCUUUUUGUAAUGCCUGGUUCAAUAUGCAAAAUUAACAACCUCAAGCCACAUCAGUACAACAGACCGAUAUUUUUUGCGUCCAGACAGUGGAGGGUGUCUAUUUUUCUAAUUGUGGAUAUUUGCGGUUUCUUGUAUAGUACACAAUGCACUGACUUUUUUUUUUUUUUUUCACCCCCCCAAAUCAUUUCCUGCUUCGCAGAAGUUUGCAAGUGGUGUACAUACAGCGAAUGCAACAAUGCAUUUUUGCUUGGAGCAGAUGCAACGUUCGAAUUUGUGCUUUAACAAAUAAAGAUUUAACACAA